AAAUACUCUCCUCCGUUCCUUCUCCCCCUCGUACACAYUUUCUGUUUCCUGCUUCCUCACUGUUUCUGUGUUUCACAGGCCACCUCCUCGAUCGUUCUUCUCUCCUUCCCUUCCAUAUUGCCAUCCCUUUAUUUGAUUCCUUCCAACGAUCGACCACUCUGAGGAUCUUUCUCUCGCCAUUCUCAGACUCUCUUUCUGUAACGAAGCGUGAAUGUUUUAAUGGAGUCUAAAGGUGGCCAGAAGAAAUCUAGUAGUAGUUCCUUACAAUACGAAGUCCCCCUCGGCUACAGCAUUGAAGAUGUUCGACCGAACGGUGGAAUUGAGAAGUUCCGAUCUGCUGCUUACUCCAACUGCGUGAGGAAGCCAUCCUGAUAUACCCUCCAAAUGCCUUCUUCUGUAGAGUAGGAUUCUCCUUCAAUUUCUCUGUUUUCGAUUCUGCAAAUAAACAAAACUCUCUGGCUAGCUGUUCUUCAACAACCUCUCUAUUCCGUCUCUCCAUCUCUUCUUUUGAUGAUCCUCAAGCUCAACAUCGAAGCCAUGGCCGCUGUUCUGUGCAACACCAAUACUCCACCACAGCAACCUUCAGCAAUCGGUUUCGAAGGAUUCGAGAAGCGCCUUGAGAUUACUUUCUCUGAGGCACCCGUGUUCGUCGACCCGCAAGGACUUGGCCUUCGAGCCUUGACUCGGGCUCAACUCGACUCCAUCCUCGAACCCGCCAAGUGUACCAUUGUGGCUCAGCUCUCAAACUCGGAAUUCGACUCGUACGUCCUCUCCGAGUCGAGCCUCUUCGUUUACCCUCUCAAGAUAAUACUCAAGACCUGCGGGACGACGAAGUUGCUGCUAUCGAUCCCGCCGAUUCUCGAACUCGCCAACUCGCUUUCGCUCUCCGUCUACUCGGUGAAAUAUUCCCGCGGGAGCUUCAUUUUCCCAACUGCCCAACCUGCCCCUCACCGCGGCUUCUCCGAGGAAGUCAGCGUUCUGAAUGGUUUCUUCGGCAACCUCGCUUCCGGCGGGCAGGCGUACGUGAUCGGCGACCCGGCGGUUCCGAAUCGCAACUGGCAUGUUUACGCGGCGUGCCAGAACCCCUCAACGUCAUCACGGAAUGAUCAGACGGUUGUUGUCACUCUCGAGAUGUGCAUGACGGGCCUAGACCGAGACCGGGCGGCCGUGUUCUUCAAAAAAUCGGCGGACUACACGGCGAAGGAAAUGACGAAACUCGCCGGAAUAUCUGACAUACUGCCAUCGCACGAGAUCUGCGACUUCGAUUUUGAUCCCUGCGGGUACUCGAUGAAUGGGAUCGACGGUGAAGCUUUCUCUACGAUUCACGUGACCCCGGAGGACGGGUUCAGCUACGCGAGCUACGAGGCAAUGGGGCUUGACCCCGGUUCGGUAGGACUCGGACCGCUAGUGAAGCGAGUUCUGGGAUGCUUCGGUCCGGCCCGGUUUUCGAUAGCCGUGACGUGCUAUGGUCGGGUGGACGAGUGGGAGAAUGACUUGGGCGUGGAGGGGUACACGUGCGAGGAGGUGGUGAAGCAGGAGGUGCCCGGUGGGCGGUGCGUCGUGUACCGGAGUUUCACGGCGAUAGAGAAGGGGUGCGUAGUGUACCCUUCUCCGAAGUCGACUCUGCACUGCUGGGAAGAGAUUGCGGGCCUUGUGGCGGAGGAGAUGGAGAGCGUCGUUGGUUGUCAUUGUGUUUCUUCUCUUGCUUACUAGUUUGUUCGUUCGUUCGUUCGUAUGUUUGUGUUUCUGCUGCUGCUCGUGAGGUCAGCCAAGCCAGGUUGUGAGUCAGUCGGGUCGGGUUUGGUUUUCUUAUUUUUUUUCUCUCUUUUUUUUUUUUUGUAAUUUAUACUCAAUAAAAGCAGUCUCUAGUGUCUGGAGUCUGAAUUGCUUGAAUUUUGUUGGGAAUUGAGAUUUGACUCAUUUGAGACUUGUUAUUAUUAAUUAUUGGAAUAUUACGAAUAUAGAGUGGUUUUUGGUAAAAA